AUGUUGGCGUCCUCGCCAUCGUCGAGCAGGGCAUCGGCCCGGCGUCGUCAUCAUCAAGCCGGCUCUAACGACCCCCAGAUACAGGCGCGUGACCGCGGUGAUGGCCGUGCUGCCGGCGCUGCCGCCGUGCCCGUGCCAGACGAUGCUCCCUGUUACGGCCCAAGGCCUAAAGACCGACAGUCCUCUCACUGGGGGCUCGAGUCUGUCGGCGCGUGGAGUGGGAAUCACCCAUCUGCGCCUGCCGUGCCGGAGAUUGAUGAGUUGGAUUGGGACGAGGACGCUGUCGAGGGUUGGCGCGCUGGUAGUUGUGUCCCCGCGCCGACGCCCCUAUCAUCUGCCGGCGAAGGCCAGCCCACACCAGACCAUGCAUCACCGAUGCCUUACACCACGGAAUUCCACUUGUUCCCGGACGAUCGAGGAAUACAUGGGGAGAGAAUUAAUGAGAAUUGGGUUAUGACUAGCUGGUCUAAGACUGAGCGACAAUUGAGCGAGGCGAAGGAAUACAUUGCCAAAGUGAAGGCGGCGGGUCACCGACGUCCGGUCCCUGAGUAG